CGCGACGUGUUACUUAGUCUGACACCUCUAAACUCACCCGAGUCAUAUCUGAGAACGUCGGAGGACGUUCUGCAUAUCAACCGUGGAGGGAAGUACCGGUUCAUGGCUGAGAGCGUUGACGGUGAAGACAGGCUGUUGGAAGGCCACGCUUUGGAAGUGCAGAAGUGCUUCAGACCACCCAUCUACUCAUGUGAUACAUAUCCGCAAUUUCCGCAGGAACUGAUUGAUCUUAUCUGCGAGUUCCUGCGGCUGGAUCCUUUCACGUUAACGAGGUGCUGCCUCGUUUGCCACGCUUGGUAUCAGGCUGCGCGGCACCUCUUCUGGCACGAAAUGCUCUGGCUGUUCAGCCGUGAGGCCUUGGAUGACUUCGCGCACACGCUCAUCUCAAAAGGCAACCGAUCGUACGGCAAAAAUUUCGAUAAUUUGCAUAUAUGGGAGGAUCCUCGGCGGCCGAUUGCGCACAUCUGGCCGAUGCGCAUCCCCGGAUAUCUUCUGCCACGGGCGAAGGUGCUAGAGCUGUGCAACUUCGAUUGGGCCGCGACCAGACCGCACGAUCUGUUCUUUCGCUUCCUCUCGUACUACACCAGCAUCACCACUCUGGAAAUCAAGCAGAGCCGUUUUCGCGAUGCGACGCAGCUCCGUAGGAUCUUCAACGCGCUUCCGAGCCUCGAAACCCUCGUUCUCCAUGGCGUUACGCUGCAGCACCCACUCACGCCGGGAUCGGCGCCCAGCUUCGUUUCUUCGCGACGCAACAAGCUCACGACACUCCGUUUUUGGAACGAGGCUGACGUGCCCGCCGAGUGGGACGCUCACAAGCAGGCACACAGCCGAUCCUUGCUGGAUGUAUGCUCCGCGUACUCGUCCGUAGUCGACCUAGCUCUGGACCUGCGCUACUACUCUUCGCUCUCCCAUCUCCACCAGUAUCUGCGUCACUUCCCCAAACUAGCCUGCUCGCGGCUACAGGAUGCGAUCAGCCCAUAUGCCAUUGAACCCGCGAUGGCUGCAGACAUGGUCCCGGCGUACUCAGUCGACGCACCCGCUCUCUCGCUGUCGACGUUUGAACUCUCUGACGUGCCCAUGCCGUGGGCGUCGCAGCUUUUGGGGCUGGUAUCAACCCAACGAGCAUGUAGCCGCCUGGACGACCUGCUAUUCGCAUUUAGGGACAGUACCCCGUCUGCGGAGCUUGUAGCCCGCAUUACGGAGGUGCUGCGUCUCGCCGGAGCCGGCCUCAAGACGCUCCGGUGGAGGGGUGAUCUCACUGAAGUGAGGCUGCUGUAGACGAAAUCCACAAGGGUUUUCCGCAACUUGGAGCAAGCACAUCACUGACAGGACUUGCGGUGGAACUCCGCCGCAUCAGCUCGUCGCUGCCGAGGAUCCAGACGGUUCUGGGUACCUUGUUGACUGACAUACAAAGCCCGCAUCUGGAACGCCUCCACAUAACAGUCUACCUGUC